AUGUCGCCGCCCGUAAACACCACCAGCAGCGGCGGCGGCGGCGGCGAGCGUGGUGCGGGUGCGGAGCAGCCGAGGCUGCGCGGCGUGCGGAAGCGGCCGUGGGGCCGGUACGCGGCGGAGAUCCGCGACCCGGCGCGGAAGGCGCGCGUGUGGCUGGGCACCUUCGACACGCCCCAGCAGGCCGCGAGGGCCUACGACGCCGCCGCGCGCCGGCUCCGCGGGCCACGCGCCACCACCAACUACCCAGCCCCGGCUCCGGUGACGAGCGCGAGUGGCAGCAGCGCCAUGGAAGGGUCCUCGUCCUCGUCCUCGUCGACCGGGCGGGAUGACUCAUCGCUGGCGGCGACAGCGGCAGAGAGAGUGGUGGCCGCGCAGCCGCCGUGCCUGUUCCUGGACCCGAAGCCGACGGCCCCCGCCGCGCCGGUGCUGCGGCGGUUCUUGCCGCCCAAGGGCGAGGAAGAGCGGAGCUGCUGCUCCGCGCGGUGGUCGUCGUCGUCUGCGGGGCAGGUGGGCUUGGGGCUUCUUGACCUCAACCUGCCUCCGCCCGUGGAGAUGGUCAUGUAG